GUAACUUUGUUGUAUGUCUCUGAACCAAUGAAAACCGUGUUUUGUUUAUUUCGGGUGGGGUGUGUCUCGCUGCCAUGAGACAAUGCUCAGUCAUCCUGGCAGCUCCCAACCAGAAACAUGGCGGCCGAGCCCUGCUAUGGCGACAUUCACGGCCAGGCGCUCUCUGCUGGCAAGGCGCAGCUCGGCGCUCAUAGAACUUUGUCCAUCGUUCUAGCAGGUUCUAUGACACGUUAUCACGUCAUCAGAAGGCGCCAUUGUCGGGGCAAUCAUCCCAGGGCUCGGCACGCAGAAGACGUUCCUGUGACCUCACGUUGUGAUACCGAGUCCAGUGAACCCCGCUCAGCCCGCUGUGACUGAGAGCGCGAGGCAGCCGAGACCGCCCGGAGCGUCAGGUUAGCUGUCCCAGGGAGCUGCACGGCGGCCGGUACCUGUGACGUCAGAGACGCUGCGGUAUGAGGAAGCGCCGUUAGUGCGGCCCGAGCUGCGCCAGCACCGCCCGAUAACAUACAGCAUUACACCCCACUAUUACGGCAUUACACCCCACUAUUACAGCAUUACACCCCACUAUUACAGCAUUACACCCCACUAUCACAGCAUUACACCCCACUAUCACAGCAUUACACCCCAUUAUCACAGCAUUACACCCCAUUAUUACAGCAUUACACCCCACUAUACAGAGACCAGCCAAUAACACAGCAUUAUACCCCAUUAUACAGAGACCCUGACUGGCAUUAUAUCCAGAGAUUCUGACCUAGUGGCAGAUAGCCUAGCAUUAUAUAGCAACCAUUGCCAAUAUCACAGCAGAACACCCAUUAUACAGAAACACAUAACAACCAAGCAUUUUAUCAAGAAAUUCUAGCUGACAGGGUGGUAUUAUACAGAGAUCCGGACAAGACAGCCCAGCAUUAGACAUAUACAGGGACCCUGACCAAUAUCCCAGGCUUUACAGCAUUACAUGUUUUAUUGAGACUGUGGCUGGCCAAUAGCACUGCAUUACACCAGUUACAAAGAAUCUGACCAACAUCUCAGGCUUACCCCUUAUAUUCAGAGACCCUAACCAACCUUUAUUACCGUUCUUUUACAGAGACACUCAUCGACAGCCAGGUAUUACACCCAUGAACAAUCCUGACAAACAGUCCUGCGUAGCAUCCAUCAUGCAGUGGUUCUGACCAACAGUCCUGCCUAGCAUCCAUCGUGAAGUGGCCCUGACCAACAGACCAGCAUCACAUCCAUCAUACAGAGACACUGACAGGCAACUUUGCAUUAUACAAAGACCCUAAUAGACAGCCCUACAUUAUACAAAGACGUUGCCAGACAGCCCUGCAUUAUACAGACAAAUUGGUUGACUCUUGGCACCCAUUAAACUAUCCUACUCACUGAUAACACUUUAAGAGAGCGCAGCCUCACACACCGGGUAUCUGUAUUCAACUUGCUCUCUUUCCUCCCGCUCUAGAUAUCCUAUCACUGGAGCCAUGUCGGAUCCCCCCUCUUCCACCUCCGCUAGCACAUCAGAUCAAGCUGGGAUCAUCAAAGUCACAGUGAAAACCCCAAAGGAGAAAGAAGAGUUUGCUGUGCCUGAAAACAGCAGCAUAAGAGAGGUGAGUUGAGAGAGAGAGAGGCCUUGUAAGCUUACUCAUAUCUAGAGCACUAGAGAUGCAUUGGCUAACUGAUCUAACGUCCAUGAUACUGGUGGACUAAGGCGGAUCCCCAGCUGUUGUAGAACUACACCUCCUUUGAUGCUUUUCCCCUCUUAAUGGGAGGUGUAGUUCUAAAAAAUAUGGACCUUUGCCUUUCCCUGUUCUGUGGCAUUCCAGUUAAGCCAUCACGGCUCAAGGGAACUGUGUCCCUACAGUUUGCAGGCUGACCAUCAUUGGGAAUGUGAUCCAGAACAUAUGGAAAUCCAAAAGUUGGCUGUUUUUGCAUUGGUGUCUCAAUAGGCACCCAGACCACUUAAGCUCAUUGAAGUGGCCUUGGUACAGUGCCUCUGUUAGUUUAACCCUCCAAUUCGAAAUAUUGCAGCUAUUAAUAAACUAGACCACUAGAGGCGCUUCUGGAUCGUUGUGACUUUUGGUUGCCUAACUGACACUGGAUGUCCACACACUUUGCAUGAGGACAUCCAGCAUCAGCUAAUUCUCCACAGGACAGCAUUGAUUCAAUGCUUUCCUAUGGGGUAGUCCUAAUGCGAUGGUGGUGCUCGCUUUGCAUGCGCAUGAGGUCCGCCAAUGUCUGGGUAGGAGGAGCAAAGGCAGUGCUUGACUCAGCGCCAAGGGUCAUUGGUGCUGGAAUCAGUUAAGGGACAAUAGGGUUUUUAACCCUUUCUUUGCUGCAGCGAGUGGUGGGGAGCAGAGGGUAUUAUAGUGCUAGAAAUACAACUUUGUAUUCCUAGCACUAUUGUUUCCCUUUAAAGUGAAGACCACAAAUGUGGUUGUUAUAGGAGUAAUAGUAGUCCACAGCAAAGCUCCUGAAGCUAACAUGCAUAUACUGCAUUGACAUGUAUUUUAUGGCAGGACACCGGUAGAUCCCCAGCGCAAUGUAUUUGUGAAUAUAAAAAAAAUAAAAUGUUAUAUGAUUAAUUUAACUGAGCUCGGACUCGUGUAUAUAUCAUCCUUUACAUUAUGAGUUGUUUACUUUUCACGGUUUAAAAAUUUCUGGAGAAUUUCUUAUAACUUUUUAGUGAUUUUAGAUUGCAGGACUUAUAGGUAGGACUAUCAGAAUCUUUUGUAUUGGGAAUCUUUUUGUCAUUAUAUAAAUGGUAGAGUUGAUUAUUAUGGUUUUGUAACAUUUACACCAAAUGGAUUGAUAUUCAAGGGGCUGUAAUCAACCCCUCAGCUAUGUUUAUAUGUUUUCACCAGUGGACUCACCUGGGCAUAAAUGAGUAUUUAUUAAAAAAAAAUAACAAACAAACCUGUUUCUGGUAUGAUGGUCAAUUUUUUUGUAGGUUUUUUUUUUUUUUUGUUAAAUUAUUUCCCUUGUUCGGUGUGUAUGAACAAAACUACACAUCUCCAAUUCUAAAGGGAUAAUGUAGGAACCAAACAACUUUAGCUUAAGUAGUUUUAGUGUAUAAAUUAUGUCUAUAAAGUCUCACUGCUCAAUUAUCUGCCAUUUUACUUUUGUUUCUGUUUAUACAGUCCUAGCCACACCACCCUUAGCUGUGACUAGCACAGCUUGCAUGGAAAAUGAAUAGUUUCAUUUUCAUUUAGAUAUUAAGUUGGUUUAAAAGGUUUUUUUGUGCAGGUAGGUACAUUUUAGCUUCAAACGCCACAACAGCGUACCUAUAUGUAAACAGAAUUUACAGUGGCAUGAGAGGUUGCACAUUUUUUUUUUUUUUUUUUUUAUAAUUAUGUCUACAAGCUUAACGUUACUUUUGAUGCUCCGAGAUGAAGUAUUAUAUUUUAGAGACAACAGACUGGAAACAUAGGCAUACAUCUUAGGACCUGCUUGAUAACAGUAAGUUAGAUCUAUGAUUAAGGCGGUCAUAGGCAAAUUAUUAAUAAUAAUAAUAAUAAUAGUCGUAUGAGAAAUAAGACAAAACAGUAGACAGGUCUCAUCAUUAACGUGAAAAUGAGAAACUAGAAUAACCCAAGUACUUUUAUGUGAGUAGCAUAAGAAAAAUAAUAAAGAUUGGCAUGUUUAAUGCAAACUUGUGUAGUGUAGCUAAUGCCUAGGAGGCCUCCCAGGUAAGGCAAACAUGAGUUCCAGUGGGAGAACUUCUAAGUCAUCCAGUGCCCCUCUGGGGGAUAUCAGUAGUUCCAUGUUCAGGCUCUUGAACUUGUCUGGUACAAGACAAGUGGUCACCGCUUAGUGUAAGGGCUGGUUCUGUGCCCUUGUCAGGGAUCGCCAUACAGAUUUCCGAGCCACAGAUGAUUCACGGCAUAUGCUUCCGUGUAGCUGCAAUUCCAGCCUCUGCAAGUGAGUGAAGUCAGAGCAGGACAGAAGUCGCCGGUGCUUGGUGCCAUCCGGCCCAAGCCGCGUGGACGCAUUCAGGCUUGAGUCGUUGCUUCGGGCGCCGCCAUUUUUGGGCCCUUUGUGGACCCCUAAUGCCUGUUGAUAGGUGGUGAGGGUGGUGCCCUAGUUGAGUGGGUACCUGGUUUGUGCUCUGCAGCUCGUUGUGCUCACUCUGCCAGUUUUCUCCAAAAUGCUGCAAAUAUAGUGUCCAGUUUAGCUUUGAAGUCUGAUUUCUGGCUGUGGCUGGCAGGGCUAAACUUGGCAUCCGCCAUUUUGUGUUCAUCUGUGUUGGUAAUCUGCAUGCUUUUCUUCACCCUCUGGGCCUGAUUUUCCUGGGUUGCCUCCCACCGGUACAUAGGGUUGGUUGGGGGGGGAGGGGGAGGAGCUAAGUAGUGCUGCAUCGCCGAAGUUAGCCAGAGGAGAGCGGCCAUCUCUCCCCGGCGCCAUCUUCCGCAUGUCGCGAUGGGCCAUUACAGAUACCGGUUGUGCACCAGCCCGUCAGGCAGGUAUCUGAAGGUUCAUCAGGGCUCCCCGAACUGAGGUAGUUCCCUUUGAUGUGAGUGCAGGCUCUUUUUGUUGGGAUUUACGCGAGAAUUCUGCCAUUUUGCCGGGAGCCUGUUCCCCAAUGCGUCUGCUCGGUUCGUAGCUCAGGCUCCACCCCCCAGUUUAAAAGGUUUUAUCUCCUGCUUUGUAAAUUGAAUUUUAAUCACACACAGUAGGCUCCUGCAGGGUCUAGAAGGCUAUUAACAGAGCAGGGGAUAUGAUAUUCUAAAUUAAACAGAAUGUGUAACAAAGGAAGUGUAAACAUUAGAUGUCUCUUUACAGUCUUAGGAUGUGUUUAUGAAGACUGUGUAAGUCACAUAAAUGGAGGUGUGACUAGAGCUGUAUGAAUAAAGUGAUUUAGCUGCUAAAUGGCAGAGAAUUGAGCAGUGAGACUGCAGGGGCAUGAUCCAUACAUUAAAACUACUUAAUUAAGCUAAAGUUAUUUUGGUGCCUAUAGCGUCCCUUUAAGUAUUUAGAAAGCAUGAUGGAAAUGUACCCUUAGUUCCUUUGUUUUAUUUGUUGUGUCCCAUGUUAUAAAUGCCUCAAGUACACAAAUAGAUUGUUAAAGAAACACUCUAACAUUGUUUGGAUGUCCGAGUAUUGGCUGGGUGACCCCCUCAGCAUAACACUGGCUACUUGUUGCCUUUUAUCAUUACUGUUACUUGCAGUGGUUGGUCACUGAUAUCUCUCUAACUGGGCUCUCAGCCUGUGUUUACGAUUUACUUCAACAGCUGUUUAACACUUUAUUAUCUGAGGGCACAGGGAGUUCCAGCGCACAAAGCCGCUUAGUUCAGAUGUGGUUUUUAUCUGGGGAAACUGUGUUUUUUUUUUUGUUUUUUUUUAAAGCUGUUUUUGUACUUUAAUUAAUUUUUAUCGCAGGGCUUGACAAAAUUGCUUUGAAUCUUGGAGCCAGCUAAAAAAGUUAGGUGGCAGGAUUUUUUUUUUUUUUUUUUUUGUAAACUAACAAAGCUUUAUUUUCAACAACAAAACUAACAUCUUAAAUGAACUCUAUAGUCACCAGAAGCGCUUCAGCUUGAUAUAGUUGUCCUGGUGUCUAUAGCCUGUCUUUGGAAAGGCAGUGUUUACAUUGCUGCCUAGUAACACUUCUAGUGAAAGUCACUCAAAGGGCCACUAGAGGUGCUACUUUAUCCAGUGCUGCAUAGUGUGUGGUACCUACAUCCAAAAGGCUUCAAUGCAUCUCUAUGAGGAGAUGCUGAUUGGUGUAGGGUGGCAUAUUGGCGCAGCACAAUGUUUUGCCCCACAUAUGCAAUAGACUCCAAAUGUUUUCCUAUGGGAAAGCAUUGUGUUGCCUGAGAUCAUCAAGAUUGAUGAUCUCAGCCCUGGAGGCAAGGCCAGCUGGGGUGAGACCGGCAUGGCAUGGAAAUAAACAUGAGUGGAAAUAAACAUGAGUAAAAACAGCUUUCCAAUGCGAUCAGAGAAGGGGCAGUCGCCUAAAUAUUUAAACUAUAGUGUCACUAUAGUGUUCCUUUAAAUUUGCACAUAAAGAAAACUAGAACCAAACGUCAUGGGCAUUUAACUUCUGUAUAUAAUGAAUGUAGUUUAGAAUUAAAGUACCUAUACUCACACUUACUGACACACACAAACACUCACAAAUUAAUUGUUUUAUUUUAAUUAAUGUCCACCCAGACCCUCACCUUUGGGAUAGCUAAAAUUAAUCCUUUUUCUGGGGUCUAGUGGAGCUGCCAUGAUCCUGUAAUCUUCUUGCUCUGCUUACUCGUACGCUGUUUAGCGAUGCCGGGGCAAGCGUGACAUCAUAUCCUGACAUCACAGAAGGGGCCAAUAGAGAAGAGCAGGGAGAUUGCAGCUGCUCUUUUCUAAAGUUACUUCUAUGGUGUUACAUCUAUUUUGAGCAGUUUUCUGUCCAUAUUUUUGUAAUUCCCCUGUUUCAGUUUAUCUCCAUCGUUAUUCACACCACCAUUUCUCAUAGUCUCUUAUACAUUCCUCCUGAUUUCUCUCUCGAUCUAUACUUUUAUCCUUACUGCUGCCCUUAUCUAUAUUUCUAUAUAAAUCUAUGUUCUUUCCAUAUUUAUAUAUUUUUUUUUUCUAUUAACUAUACUUCUAUUCUGUAUCCUUCAUUCUCCUUAUUAGAUCUCCUGGUACGUGUAGGGCUUACCACCUACAGCUUUUUGCCAUUUUCUUUUAUGGCUUUAUGGGGGGCUAUUUAUACUAGUUGAGAUCUUUUUCUUCAUCCUCAAUCCUUACCAUUUUCUCCACUUUUUAGGGCUAGUUCUCUCUACCCAAGCUUAACAUAGUUGACUAUAUUACCCAUUAUGUGUUAAAUAUAUAAUUCUUUUUAGUAAUAUUGUACCCUAUUUGAACAAAGCAGUGUUUUGUGGACCCAGGACAUACAUAUUGGCUAAGGCCAGUAAGGUUUUGUCGUGUAUAAAUAGGGGCAUAAAUUCUCGGGAUGAAAAUAUAAUUUUGCCUCUUUAUAAGUCGCUGGUAAGACCACACCUUGAAUAUGCUGUGCAAUUUUGGGCAUCUGUUCUAAAGAAGGAUAUCAUGGCACUAGAAAAAGACCAGAAAGUAUAGUUGUUGAAAAAUAAGUAAAAUUAAUGAAAGUAUGUAUGAAAGUUGAUCAUCAAUACUAUAUAUGUCAAUUUUCAUUUGUUAGAGUUGUGCUGCUGUGCCUUGAGUAAUAGUCAAUCGUUCAUAAGCUGGAAUUCUGUGGAUGGUUAUUAUGCCAUUUACAUAGACAGAUGUUAUAUAAUUGGCAGAUGACUCCACAUUCUACAUUCAUUUUGUUCAAUGUUAACUAACCAUUGUGACUAUAUGGUUUGCUAUUCUAAUUUCUCACUCUAUUUUUGUAACAUACAUUGUAUUAGAAUAUCACAAUACAAAACAGCAGUAACCAGUACAAAUGUAAAUGCUGUGAAAGUAGUUGAGAAGUACUCAGAAUUUGUUUAGAAAUAGUUUUCAGGACGAAUACUUUUUAUUUUUAUUUUUUCUUAGACUCAAUAUUUAGAUUAAGCAGCAGCAAGUAGAACUGAGUUAACUCGAAUGUAGUUUUUUGACUGCCCCUGACUCGGCAACUAUCUUUAAACAGGAUUUGUUGUUUGCUGCAGUUCCACAGUUGACCUCUUCCUUAUAAACCAUGAAUGAGAAAAACCCUGCUACAAGGUUAUAUUUAAAACAGUAUGACUGUAUAUACAGAUAAACAGAUGUUUCCAGAGAUGUUAAAGGAACACUAUAGGGUCAGGAACACAAACAUGUAUUCCUAACCCUAUAGUGCAAAACCCACCAUUGGGUUGUCUCAGAAGGGGUUAAAACUCACCUUAUUUUCAGCUCUCUACGGGUUUGCCGCGCUGGCCCCGCACCUUUGGUGACCUCCUCAGCAUUGCCGAUUCCCCACAGGGAAAGCAUUGUAUUGGCUAAAGGGGGCAGGGCCAAACACAGUUUUGGGAAAUCACCUGAAUCAAUGCAUCUCUAUGAGGAAAUUUCCAUGUCCUCAUGCAGAGCUACCUACUGUGCAGCACUGAGCCAGGAAGCACCUCCAGUGGCUGGCUGAGGAGUGACCACUUGGAGGUGUCCCUAGGGGCAAUGUAAACACUGAAAAGGCAGUGUUUACAUGAAAAUGCCUGAAGGCAAUGAUUAUACUCACCAGAACAACUACAUUAAGCUGUAGUUGUUCUGGUGACUAUAGCGUCCCUUUAGAGGAACCAUGACCCAGUGGCAACAUUUCUCUAUUUUAUUCACCCCUGUAAAUGCUAUUAAAGCAUUUACAUGGUGAGUGAGGUGUACAGAGGAGGUAAAUAUAAAAUGCCUAAGUGGCACUUUCUGGUACUGGCUUUGACAUCAGCCUAUGAAGGCUACUGAACAAGAGUUUGUGGGAAAUGUGCAGAGCCGCAUGCUGCUGCUAUUAAUGACCUUUCAUUCAAACACUGAAUGAAAGCCCCUCACAUGAAAUAAUGGACCAAUUGGUAGGCUCCUUUGCCCUGUACAAAUGUUUUGUUUUUUUUGUUUAUUUUUCCCUUCUAAAUUAAUAAAACCAUGUUUGCAGGUUUAUUUUUCUGCUUCUUGUUAACCUAGAUUUUGGUGUUUUCUUUGUAGUGUUCCUUUAAAUGAUAAUAGAUGUUGCGGGUUUCAUUUGCAUCUGUCUUACAACAACUUUUGGUUUCUCAGUUCAAAGAAGACAUAUCAAAGCGCUUUAAGACAAACACAGACCAGCUUGUUUUGAUAUUUGCUGGGAAGAUUUUAAAGGAUCAGGACACUCUCAGUCAGCAUGGAAUCCAUGAUGGGCUUACAGUUCAUCUUGUUAUUAAAACACAGAACAGGUAUUUAAAAAUAACUUUUUUUUUUUUUAACACUUUUUCUUCUGUUCAAAAUAUACAUAUACAUAGGGAACACUGUUGUUCAUGAAAUCUUUUUGUACUUCACUCUAGGUCUACAGCUGCAGCAGCUUCACAGUCAAACAGCCCCAGCAGCCCAGAAACCACAUCUACUACACCAAGUAGCACUGCCACUACAACAUCUACCACGAGUGCUCCAUUUGGUUUAGGUAAUACCCUGACCAGGCAUACAUUAUGAGUCCUCACUGUUGGAUAGAACGCUCAAAAAUAACUUUUGCACCUUUUUUUUUUUUUGCCACCUAAACAAAUCUUCUGCUCUAAAUAACUUAAAUGUCAAAAAUAAUACAGCAUUCCUAGUAGUAAUUCCUAGUAGUCCUUUUCAUUAAUAUUCAUUUGAGAUGUCCAGUGCAAGUGGUUUCAUGACUGUAUGCCAUUAAUUAUUGACUGCAUUGUAAAACUAGUUUUUUUGUGUGUAUUUUAUCCACCAUAGGAGGCCUCGGAGGACUGGCAGGCCUCAGCAGCCUGGGCAUGAAUGCUUCAAACUUCUCGGAGCUGCAAAGUCAAAUGCAAAGGCAACUCAUGUCCAACCCAGAGAUGAUGGUUCAGAUCAUGGAGAACCCGUUUGUUCAGAGCAUGCUCUCUAAUCCUGACUUAAUGAGGCAAUUAAUUAUGGCAAAUCCUCAAAUGCAACAAUUAAUCCAAAGAAAUCCUGAAAUCAGUCACAUGCUUAAUAAUCCAGAUAUAAUGAGACAGGUACAUAUUAUAUUCACAUUCUAUUCAACUAACUUUAUAUUCAACGAAGCUCUUUCAAUAUGUGCCCUAUGUCUGUGUAAACAUUUAUACUGUUGUAAUGUAUUCAGGCUUAAAGGUUCUGGAUCUCAUUAAAAUACAAACAAAAAUCCAUUCAGUUGGAAGACCAGCAAUGGUUAACAUGAAGAAAUUACUUUAGAUAUUUUAUUUAAAGACAUGCUUUAAGUGUAAUCAAAAUUAAAUUUGCUCAACCCUUGGUUUAAUUUACCCAGAAAAAAAAAAAAAACUUGCUAGUUUGCUCUCAUUUAUUCCAAAGUAAUUUUUUACAGGGUUAUUCACUAAGCGACCGGAUUUUCUCCGGAUCGACAAAUUCCAACCGGAAUGGCAAUACCAAUUGGGUCGAGUAUAUUUGCAGUAAUCGCCUGCAUGUAUUCGGUUUCUCGAUAAAAAUCAUUGCUUCUGUAUCCAAACACUAUACAAAGUAUAGGAUUUGGAAGAUUUACAAAUCACAAUUUUUACUAAAGUUCAAGACAAAAUGGAUAUUAGUCACUUGCAAGUGAAUUGAGAUAUUUAUUUAUUUUCUUACACUUUAUUUUGUCUAUAAUUUUAGAAGCAUUUAUCAAUGGGUUGUGCACAUCUACCUUACAGUUAUUUAACUUUACUGGCAUUUUUGUGUGUAAAACACAGAACUCUGUCUUUGUGAAAUGCAAUAGCAAUUGAACUUGUCACUUUCUCCCCCCCACCCCCCCUUUUUUAGACCUUAGAACUUGCUCGUAAUCCAGCGAUGAUGCAAGAAAUGAUGAGAAACCAAGAUAGAGCAUUGAGCAAUCUUGAAAGUAUUCCUGGAGGCUACAAUGCAUUACGGAGAAUGUAUACGGACAUCCAGGAGCCAAUGCUGAAUGCUGCCCAAGAGCAGGUGUUGUACUUCUCUGGUCUCUUGCUUUACAGAAAUAUGGAGUAUUGUUGAAAUUUAAAUGGAGGCUGUCUGCAGGGCCACCUUUCUUCUGAACUAGCAAUCCCCGGUAGUGAUGUCCCGAACGGUUCGCCGCGGACGGCGAACAUAAACAAUCAGCAGCAGACCCUCCCACCUCCUGGACAGCUCACUAAGAAUGCAGCUUCACAAUGAAUGUAAAAUGGAUGCUGUCCAGGAGGUGGGAGGGUCUGGGAGGGAGAGUCUGCUGCUGAUUGGCUGGAAUGUGUCUGUUGACUGUGAGGUACAGGGUCAAAGUUUAUGUUUAUGUUCGCCGUCCGCGGCGAACCGUUCGGGACAUCACUAAUCAUCAGGAAAGAAGGUCUAGACAUGUAUAUAAAUAGAACCUCUUCUGGAUAAUCCGGAACUUCCAUAAUGUCUUCGGUGUCAUACUUUUAUAUUUACAGAUGGAAAUGAAGGAAAGGUGCCUCAGUUAGGAAAAAGAACAAAUGAGUCAUUUGUUAUUUGAAAGUUUACAGAGGAAGAGGUUCUAUUUUAACUGUCAAACGUAAAGACAAAUAAGUCAAUUGGACAUGGAAUACACCCAAAGUUAUUAAAAGAGCUUAGUGGUGUAAUAGCAAAACCAUUAACAGAUUUAUUUAACCAAUCAUUGUUAACAGGAGUAGUCCCAGAAGAUUGGAAGCUAGCGAAUGUUGUGCCCAUUCACAAGAAAGGUAGUAGGGAGGAGUCGGGCAACUAUAGGCCAGUAAGCCUUACUUCAGUAGUGGGGAAAGUAAUGGAAACCAUGUUAAAGGAUAGGAUUGUUGAACAUCUAAAAUGGAUUUCAAGAUCAGAGACAACAUGGGUUUACUAAUGGGCCAAACUAAUCUUAUUGAUUUUUUUUUUUUUGAUUAUGUAACUAAAAUGAUAGAUCAAGGUGAUGCAGUUGACAUUGCUUACCUAGAUUUCAGUAAGGCUUUUGACACUGUUGCACAUAGAAGGCUUAUCAAUAAACUGCAAUAUUUAAGUUUGGAUUCCAAUAUUGUUGAAUGAGUAAGGCAGUGGCUGAGUGAUAUGCAACAGAGGGUUGUAGUCAUUGGAGUAUAUUCGAAGCAUGGGCUUGUCACCAGUGGGGUACCCCAGGGAUCUGUACUUGGACCCAUUCUCUGUAAUAUUUUUAUUAGUGAUAUUGCAAAAGGUCUUAAUGGUAAGGUAUGUCUUUUUGCUGAUGAUACUAAGAUAUGUAACAGGGUUGGUGUUCCAGGAGGGAUAAUCCAAAUGGCAAAUGAUUUAGGUAAACCAGAAAAAUUGUCAGAAUUGUGGCAGCUGACAUUUAAUGUGGAUAAGUGCAAGAUAAUGCAUCUUGGAUGUAAAAACCAAGGGCAGAGUACAGAAUAUUUGAGAGAGUCCUAACCUCAACAUCUGAGGAAAGGUAUUUAGGGGUGAUUAUUUCAGAUGACUUAAAGGUAGGCAGACAAUGUAAUAGAGUAGCAAGAAAUGCUAGCAGAAUGUUUGUUUAGGGAGAGGUAUUAGCAGUAGAAAGAGGGAAGUGCUCAUGCCAUUGUACAGAACAGUGGUGAGACCUCACUUGGAGUAUUGUACUGAUACUUUAGAGACUAAACUGGUGCAUGGAUUGCAUGAUAAAACCUACAAGGAAAGGUUAAAGGAUCUUAACAUGUAUAGCUUGGAAAGAAGAGACUGGGGAUGUGAUAAAAACAUUUAAAUACAUAAAGGGAAUCAACACAGUAAAGGAGACUAUAUUUAAAAGAAGAAAAACUACCACAACAAUAGGACAUAGUCUUAAAUUAGAGGGGCAAAGGUUUAAAAAUAUCAGGAAACUUUUACUUGACUGAGAGGAUGCAUGGAAUAGCCUUCCAGCUGAAGUGGUAGAGGUUAACACAGUAAAGGAGUUUAAGCAUGUGUGGGAUAGGCAUAAGGCUAUCCUAACUUAUCAGAUAAGGCCAGGGACUAAUGAAACUAUUUAGAAAAUUGAAAAACUUUGCUAUAUAUAGGAUUCAUAACUGUGAUUCAACUUUAUUACCUGUAGUUUACAAAAAGGAACAUUAGAUUUCAUUCCUUUUUAGCACCAAGGACAAAUAGAAAGCCGUACAUGCUACAUAGAUCAACUUGGGAACAUAGGAUUCAAAUUAACAAGAAUGAUUUGCAAGGCACCAGUAAAAUAAGGAAAUAGUAUGUGUACUCUGCUGCCCUUUAAAUGCUUUUUUUUUUUUUGUGUGUGUUUUUAAAAGUUUUGAAAGAAAGAUUACACUUACAGAACAAAGGUCAUCUGUUGGGACCUGUUAUCUAGCUAGUGUUGGAAAAUAAGUGUUUGAUGCAUUCUUUUAUAUUUAGUUGCAUUACUCCAAUAUUCAGUAAUGUCAAAUAUGCAAAUAUUUCUGAAGGAGCUUAUCAGAUCACUCACUGUUUCUAUGAAUUUUUGGAACAAUCUUUUUAGUUUUUUAAUUUUUUUUUAAUUGUAAUUAAAUGGUUCUAGUUAACAUUCAGAAACAAAAAAAUUGAGUCAGAAAUGGUUUCACAGAUGGAACAAUAUGUUACUAGACAAGGAUGUGCAUGUAUGUAAACAGGACUGCAAAAAGUAGGUCUCAAUAUUGUUCUAAAUAAAGAGCAAAACCCCUUUUUUUUUUAAUUUUUUUUUAUUUAUUUAUUUAUUUUUUUCAUUCCAGUUUGGAGGCAAUCCCUUUGCUUCUCUUGUGAGCAAUGCAGCGCCAAAUGCCGGAAACCAGCCUUCACGUACAGAAAACAGAGAUCCACUACCUAACCCAUGGGCACCUCAAUCCAAUGCUGCAGGUUCUCCAUCCACUACAGGUGGAGGAAAUAGUCCUUCCACAAAUACUGGCACUAACAGUGGCACCACCUCUACACCUAGUUCUACAUUGCCAAAUUUGGCCUCAGGCGUUGGAGGUAUGAUGAAAAUAAAGUACAGUUUGAAAUGCAAUUGCGUGCAGAGUAUAAACAUUUUUUAAUAAAAGUGUUACUUUUGUAAAACCAUAUACAAUAUGUACAGAGCCAUUUUUGUUCUGCUUGGUGCAUAUGACACUAAGCUAGGGUACAAUGCCAGCUUAAUCAAUUAUUCUCAUCAUUAUCUACUGGUUGUUGUUUUUUGUUGGCACCUGAAGCCAAACACAGUCAAACAUUAUACUCUUGAUUCAGGGAGCACAUAAGUCUUUUUACGGUAUUUUUUUAAACAGACAAUACUUUAAAAGCUUCAACUACUAGAUGUUUAGUUUAUUAAAUUGGGGGGAGGAAAUGAUGGUUUAGGAGCAGUCAGUCAAUGUUUUGGAUAAAAUAUUUAGGCUGUAUACAUUUGGUUGCUGAAAUAAAUAAUUGUUAGUUUUUUUUUUUGGUUUUUUUUUUAAUCUUUUGUAAAAACAAUGCAUCUUCACCUUUUUGUUUUGAAGGUGGUAUGUUCAAUUCUCCAGGUAUGCAGAGCUUGAUGCAACAAAUCACUGAAAAUCCUCAACUAAUGCAGAAUAUGUUGUCCGCUCCAUACAUGAGAAGCAUGAUGCAGUCUCUUAGUCAGAACCCCGAACUUGCAGCACAGGUAUGGUUUUUUUUUUUUUUUGGUUUUUUUUUUAAUUCGUUUUCAGUAACAGGCACUUUUAGGAAUACAGUAAGUCAAUAUUUUCCUCCAGAUUUGAUGCCGUACAAACAGGGAUAUUCACCAGCACUUGACAUGAAGUCAGAGGCAACUUGAUAGAUUUAAAAGUUAAACUCCUCAUAUCCCUCCCCAGAUACUAUAAAACCUUCCUCAAAUCCCAGGUCUUUGGCAGGUAAGGUAGGAACUCAUUGUUUUUAGUUUGUUUUUUUUUCUCUGGGCAGCUUCUCUGACUGUGGAUCCAGGGCAAUAUAGUGCCUGGAAAACGAGUAUGUUUUCCUGGCACUAUAGUGGUCCUUUAGUCAGUGGGCUAUAUUGGUUAAUGCUUAGUUAUGGGAAGGGAGAGUAUGAUAUUCGGUAAAGUCAAAAGUGACUUAAAGUAGAGAUUAUAUCUAAUUGCCCGUAUAAAAGUCAAAACCUAUAUAUACACCAUGGGGAUGAUAGAUAGGUAUUUACAAACAAAGGGAAAAGUGAGUAGCAGCAAGCCCCAGAUUGAAUGUUAAAUCAACCGGGAAGCUAGCAAUGAUAAAUUCAAAGUUGAUAGAUUCUUCCCCAAUUAUAAUACCCCAGUAAGUAAUGAUACCGUAAGCUGGUAUCUACAUGUAGCAAUAUAUAGUAAGCUAAAAAGGAUAACUCACUCAGUGAUAUGUACCGCUGUGGAGAUUUUUAUACAUAAUAAGGGAGCCAAAAUAUGGGUAGUGGUCUAUUGGUAUGAUAACAAGUUGCCAAAUUCGUCAGGAGCCUAAAGCAAUGACUGUAGUGUCAGAAUCCAUCUAGGCGACUAGAACAACCAAAAAAAAAAAACACCCUUUCCCCCAAAUGAAGAGCUAGUGCUCUAUAGUUCAGCGGAUAUUUGUGAGGGUGGAUAAAGCUUACAUUCAAAUGCUAACUAGUAAGGGUGAGUAAGCCUUGGAUCAAUCCUUACUAUUAUAGUGCUAUUGGAGAUUUGGGGUAUAGGAUUUCCCUAGAUUAAUCGUAAAAGGAAUGACCAGACUGACUGUAAUCAUAUUGAUGAGAUACUCAGUGAAAAUAAUAAUAGUCCCCAGUAUAACCCCCUUGAAAGGGAGGAAAAAAUAAAUAACGGUGGUCCUAAUAAAAACGUCCGCAGUAACGGGAAACUAACCUCAACACUCUUUUCGGCGAUGCCAUACGCCUUUGUCAAGCUCCGAUUGCACAGUUGGGGAAAAAGGACCACCUUUCCCAUUGGAGAUUCCAGUGAACUGCAGAAUGCAAUAGAUAAGAAGGCUGGAUCAACUUUACCUAAAUUAUAUGCCACUUUUUCUGCUCAAAGUAAAGCUUUUAUUUCAUGAUCUUCAGGUCCUAAAGCUCAACGUAUUUGUCUAGUUUCCCUAGAAAAGGUGUAUAUGGAAGAUUCCAAGGAAGAUUCUUUGAAUUAAAAUGCCUUCAGAUUUUCAGAUGGAUGACAAUACAAUUCAUUUAUAGGGAAACCAAUGGUAACAGCCAUAAAAAAUAAGGGGGAGCGGAGCCAGCAGGGCAACGGAGCGAUCGCAUAUCUCGGAGCUCCGGCUCUUACAUACCUUAACAAGGCUUUUUAUGGUGGAAUCCGGGGCUCAAAGACCUCACAAACCUCACAACAGCUGGCGGACACACUAUGGGCAGCAAAACGAAAAAAGUAAAAGCGGACAGAAGCUCCCAUGGGAGGGAUAUCGGAGACAUGCUGCGGAACUCAUAACAGGCCGCAUGGUCCAAGAUGGCGCUGGCCGACGACCUCACCUCCUACUCCUCGGAGGAGUUUGCAUCAGACCUCCUAGACGGAACACCCUUUGAGCCCACUCCAGACCGCAAAACGGCACCGCAGAAAGCCGGGGACCCGGUCACUGCAGACCAAAUUAAAAUGAUGCUGGCGGAUCUCCGCAAAGACCUAGCGACUGACAUGGCCUGCUAUAAAGAGGCCAUUGAAGGGGCCGCAACAAAAAUCUCACAAUUUGAGGCCUGCUCGAGCAACCACGAUACCAGAAUCAGCAAGGUGGAACAGCAGGUAGCAGACCUAGCACAGCAACAACUAACCACAUCAGACAGGCUGGACGCUAUAGAGGAUCAAAGGAGGCGAUACAACCUAAAGGUCAGGGGGAUCCCGGACUUGGUCGACAUCGCUGACCUACCCCACUACAUAUGGCGCUUAAUCGGAGGCUUGCUCCCACCAAAGCAGGUGAAAUCUCUGAAGCUAGAUGGUAUGUUCCGGCUACCGAAGCCAGCUAGAGCGCCGGCAUCAGCAACAGCCUACCUCGUCCUCAGAUUUCAAACCCUGUCAGACAAAGCCUCACUCCUAGCGGAACUGCGAGGGAAACCUCCUAUACCAUUCGAGGGUUCCUCCAUCACAGUCUUCCCAGACCUCACCAGGAGCACCCUCCCAUGGCGGAAAUCACUGCAACACCUCCGUGCCAAAGAAAUUCCAUUCAAAUGGGGAACACCACGAGUUGUCAUAUUCACACACAACGGGACUACCCACAGAGCACAGGGAUACCAGGAGCUGGAAGCGCACCUCCAAUCAACGGGCAUCUGGCGAGCCUUACUGCCGACGGGAACAGGACUGUCCAGGCUAAACCCGGCUACCAUUACGGAAUUUACCCCGAGAGGCAAACAACUAGUCUCACCUAACAGACCACCCACUUGAGGGAGCGGAGGUUGAACCGCCCAAGGGGACUUUGUAUACCAUCAUCUCUACACACCGUGUCUACCACAGUUAGAAAAUGUUUCAUUUUUAAAUAUAUGUUAUUUUCUUUUAUUUUUUUUUAUUAUUUUCGCUCUGCUUGUUGAGCAACCCUAAUUAACCUGCAAAGCCUAAUAGCCUAGUAUGCGACCACCCAAGCAGUUUCAUAAACACGAGCACUACAAAUGCAUAAAGAGAGGAAGUAUUAGCACUUAGUAAGGGCUGCCAAACAUUCCACAUAACCCAGUAAUCACUCUCGCUCACCACACCCUCCUCCCCCCCCCCUCCUUCAGGGGAACCAACUUUAACAACCAACUUUAAUACACUGCACACACAGUCAAGGGGAAGGAGGCAAGACCCUGUCGUGGGUACCACCAAACUGACUCACACUCUUACCACACCCACAAGGGGCUCACUGGCUGAUCUCUCUUAAAUAUGUCUUGUAUAAUGUACUUUUAAAAUAUAAAAUGUGCUAUGUUAAUGGAUGCCGACAAAUGUUUUCUAAUGUUGAAUGUAAAGCUAGCAACAGCUGUUGGGGCAUUGCUGGCCUAUUUGUAGCCUACACGAAUAAAGAAUUGAAAUAAAUAAAUAAGAACAUUGCAAGUUCGAAAUGUUUUAAUUGAAAUGGCAUUCACUACACUAGGGAUAAACUACCACAGGCAGUUGGGUCCUUUCUAUUAUAAGAAGAGGAUACCAAGUAGGGUUGAACAUCCUUUCUCCACGAAAAUGUCUGUUUGACUGUUCAUUCUCUCGGCUACAGCCCUGUUUACAGAAGUACACAUUCUUCUAAGGACAGAAGUCAUAGAAAAUGUUCUUCCCACUGAAUAUUUGUCAGUAACCUGUUCAAAACAUUUUGGUUCAAAAACCAGACAGGUCUUUCAGGCCUAUCUAGACCUAAAAGAAGUAAAUUGUGUCAUCAAGCGGAGCAAAUUCCUUCAUGGAAACCAUCCAAUCAGCCGCUCACAUGAUUCAGAAAGGAAAUUGGCUGAGUUCAUUAAGGACAAGAAAAAGACAUUCUCCUGCAUUACCAGUUCAGUUCCAGUUUUUCCUAAUUACUAGUGGUCAUCACAGUUUAUUUUAUUUUUUUUUAUAAGGGAAAGAAGGUCUCCAUGUUGUUCCACACUUGCUCGUCACAACUUCCUCAAGAGAAAAAACUACAAAAUAUAGAAGCCGCCUCGAUUUGCCUAAAAUCACACAGAUGAAUUUUAAACCUAGAAGAAACAGAGCUGGUUUACACCAGAAGUAUUACAUGUUUGGGUUAAUCAUAGACUCUGUUUGUAUCAAAAUUAAUCUCCCAACAGAAAAAGCGAAUAUUGUCAGAUAAAUUAUGGCUCAAGAAACAGAAAUUCUGCACUAUAAAAGUCGUGAGGCUGGUGGGUCUUUUACCUCCACAAUUUCGAUUGUCAACUGGGCCAGGGCAAGAACGCAACAUUUACAGAAUGGAACAGAGAAACCUCCCCUGAAUCUGCUGAUGAGGGUUUGAACCUCCACUGGCAUCACCAUGGAUGCAUCAGCUGCAGGCAGCAGGGCACAUCUAGGAAAAUAUGUGUUUAAUCUUCCAGGCAAUGAUAUUCAUUUUCUUUCAAGUGUUGAGGGUUCUGACAGAAUGGUGGGAGCACAAUUUCUUGAUUCUGAGUGGCUUUUUGUUAUCUGUCAAGGCCAAAAGAAAGGUCUAAUGGGGUCCGAGGGAUCCUUAGCUAGGUAGAUUAAAGAAGCCAAAACUCUAGCUUACAAAUCUUCUUGUGUUACUCCUCCUCUUCAUUUGAUUGCUCAUUCCACCAAAGCAAGUGCUACAUCUUGGGCGUCCUCCAUUUACACCUUCUCCAAGUAUUACAAAUUACAUGUCUAACAAAUGCCUCUGAGGAGACAGUAUUUGGGUUUAAGGUGCUUCCAGCUGUGGUGAAAUAGUUUGCCCACCCUCAGGGAUUGCUUGUUUAUCUCUGCUGUUGUGUGCGCUGCCUCUAAUCUGGAGGGAAAAUACCACAUUGUACUUGCCAUAAUCUUUUACUUAAGGGCUUGAGGCAGUGCAUGUAUUUCCCUCCCUAUUUAUUAACCCCUUAAGGACACAUGACGGAAAUAUUCCGUCAUGAUUCCCUUUUAUUCCAGAAGUUGUCAUUAAGGGGUUAAGGGGGCACUGUAGGCACCCAGACCACUUCAGCCAAUUGAAGUGGUCUGGAUGCCAACUCCCAUCACCCUUAACCCUGCAAGUGUAAUUAUUGCAGUUUUUAUAAACCGCAAUAAUUACUUUGCAUGGUUAAAUCCUAUUUUAGUGGCCAGACAGCCACUAGAAUGACCUUUGGCUUCUUAGACGACUUUUGGUAGUCUAAACAACGAUGGACAUCCUCACGCUAUGCAUGAGGACCUCCAGCGUCGCCAGAAUUAUUAUUAAAGUUUUGCCUAUGGGGAGGUCUAUUGCCGUGCAUGCGCCUGUGUGCUAAAGUGAAAAUCUAGAAGUAUGUGCUGACGAUUAGAAUGCUCUACAAGAGUUUAAGAAAACUGGUAGUUAUGCAGUUCAGGAGGACUAAGGUACUGACAGACCCUGGUCAACAUAAUUGACAGAUUAGGGUACCCCUAACAGAGAGGGCUGCAGAAGGUGAUAUAGGUGCUCCUCACCUGUAGCCAACUCAGGCUGAGCGCAACUGAGGGACCUACACCAUUGUAGGGCUGGCCUGGUUAAGUCCUGAUAGAAAGGAAACUGUAACUUCAAGUGAGAUGUUUUGUCUUGCAGCACUGACAGAAUUUGCCUUUCAUACUGGGAAGAGAUGAAGUGAAUUAUAACCUUGCGUAGUAUAGUAUUUGAGUGUUCGGUCGGGCCAGGCAGUGAGUAAGCUCCAUCUCUGAUAAUCUUCUUAGCCAGCUGAGGAGGUAGGACAGAUGCUAGGAGGUGCUGUAGGUAGGGAGACAAUUCCUCAGCUCUGUUUUGUUCACAGCUGGUGCUGCCACCAGCAACUUUUGGAUGUCAUACAAAAGGGUCUGAAGGUCCUGUUUAGUAGCAGAUGUACUUGCCGCAAGAGAGUCCAGUGGAGCUAGGUCCUCCGGACUAGUUUCAAGAGAGGAUUACAGCACAAGUCACUCAGCUGGGUCUGAGCUGGCUGGCCUGAUCGGGCUCUACCCGGCAGCCAUCUUGGGCUGUGUUUGCUCUUGCAGCAUCUUGCCUAUGUCCCAACUCAGCCAUUGCGCCGGGUUGGGGAUUUUGAGAAUUUCGCGCCAUGUUUGGUAAGUUUUCUAUAGGGACAGAGUGGAUGUAUCAGUGUCUUCAUUCUGAUAUGAUGACAUCUAUAGAUGCAGCGGGAAAUGUGAAGUCAAGUAGAGUUGGAUGGCCCCUGUAUCUGGCUGAAUUUAGCAGUGUCGUGCUAGCAUCUGUUCAAGCUCGCUGACAAAGUUCACCCCGUGUAAGGUUUUUUACUUUGUUGGGAGGAGGAGCUUAACUUUUUAAUUUAUCUAGUUGCCUGCCUUCCUGUCCAGUGUUGGUGGAUAUCUCUUUUGUUGUUUGCACUGCCUCUAAUCCUAAGGAAAAAUACAUUUACAGUAAGUAAAAUUUGGUCUUUCUGUGGUCCCUUGUGCCGUGGGUGAAUGGAAAUUGACCCCUGACAAAGUUACCUGGAUGGGAAGGUCAAGCAUCUAUCACUACUUAUCACAUGCAGCUACCAGAUAGAAUAAAGCAGACAAUUGUUUCUUAAUGGACCAGAGCUACUGCUGGUGGUAAAAAGCUAUGUCACAGUGAGCUUUAUUAACAAUUACUAGUCUACACAGUUCAGCACUGCUUGCAAUCUGAUGUAAUGUGACAUCAUGUCCCUGGUGCAUAGGCUAGCACUGUUUAGUAUUAAUGCAUAGUAGCUUAUAGUGAGGGGGGAUAGUGGAUAUAACUGGUACAGUGAUGGGGAGGGGUUUGCUCAAUGUUAUAGGAUGAGAAAUGGUGUAUAUGUAACUUUGAAAAGGUUUACAAGGAUUUAACGGAAAUGUCAAUUUUAUUUAAGUAUUCAGUAUAGUAACAGUUUUACAGUUACUAGUCUGAGACGCACACGUAGUAAAAUACAAUUAAGAUUUAUUUUUAUUUUUCUCCUGUGGUGAUGGUAUAUAUCUGCAUAAAACUGGCAAGUAAGAUUUUCUGCUAUUUCUGUUGAAAACUAAAUAACGUCUUUUCAGAUGAUGCAAAAUAAUCCCCUUUUUGCUGGAAAUCCUCAACUGCAAGACCAAAUGAGACAGCAGCUACCAACUUUCCUACAGCAAGUAAGUGUGGUGUUAACUGGACAAAAGUUGACUAAAUAUCAGUAUUUAGAUAUUUCUGUAUCUAAUAUAUCUGUAUGUUAAUUUCACUGAUUACUUUAGCAGUUUCUAGUAAGCAUAUUCAUUAAGCUCCAAAUUGCAGAAUUUAGAAAAUGUCCUUUAAUUGACCAUUAAAAGGAACGUUACUUUUAGAACGUUUGACUUCUUGCCUAUGGUUUGCCAGGCUCUCUCAAAUUUUCUCUUAAUUUUUCAGAGUCAGAAACUCCUGCUUGGAGCUUCCAUAAGGUCUCCUGAGCGAAGACCUGCUGUGCAGGGUCCACUCAAUGGCUGGAUCGUUGGCUAACAAGCUCAGCUCAAGCAGAGAGCUUCCAUCUUUCACUAAAGCAGGCAGGGCACUCCUGGCACCAUAACACCUUUGGCACUCUGUAGUUGUUAUAUUGCUUGGAGUGUUCCUUUAAAUUGCUGUUUUCAGAUUUCUUUCUUUCUUUCUUAAUGUGCUAAUUCUAGACAUAGCAAAUCAGUGUUUUCUUAACUGACCUCUCUUUAUAUUUCAUGCAAAGUACACAAUUAAGACUCCAUUCAAAAAAGGAUUGAUCUCAAAUUGGUGCAUUCACAGGCACAUAUUGGAGGGUUCUGGCAAUCUGCUUUUUGCAUAUAGUGACAAAAAAGCAAAAUAUACCCAAUUAAACAAGCAUCCUUGGUUAAAAUCACAAAUAUAAAUUACACCAUAGGUGGCAGUUUGAGGGUUAAAUGAGCAUUUUUCUACCUUCACAGAUUGAGUAAAAUAUACAAAUGUGUAUUUAUUGUUUGAUAAUGGUGUCAGAGAAUUGUGUGAGAAUUUGUCAGUAAACAAUUUUCAUAUAUUGUAGGGUCAUUAUCAACCUAUUUGUCACGUAACAUUUUGUAAUUGUCUCAUUUAUUAUUAAUUUCUCCCAUUUUAUAAUAUUUGUAAAUCAUUGCGGAAUCGGUUGGUGCUAUAUAAAUGGCUAUAAAUAAUAUUAAAAAUAAUAUAAUUUCUAAGAGUCUCUAAAUUAAAGUGACUCUAAACCUGGUUUUGAUACAAAGUCCAUAGUAAGUAAAAUAACAAGUGAUGGUAGUAAAUCUGAAAACUAUGCUUGGAAUGUACAUAGAUUGAAGAUAAUAAUAGACCCAACCAUUAUAUAUUUCCUUAAAAUUAAAAAAGGAAAUGAGGGUAAUCAAUUUAUUGAAAAAUAAAGGCACUAUAUAACUGAAAUAAUGGUUGGAUCAAGAGGAUAUACUGAUCAUCUAUAUAUGUAGAUACACUGCCAAAUCUAUUUAGACGUUACUGAUCUGUAUAUAGCAAGGGGAGUCUAAUCCCUAACAGAGAAUAAAUAAUUCAAUACUUGGAUCAACAGAUCUAAACAUUUAAAAGGUAAUACAUUUGAAAGCAGUGAAUUAAACAUAUAUAUAUGCAUAGAGGACAGGAUAGAGAGGUGUAGUCAAUCAUUCACCUAAUCUUAUAUUGAUUCCCAUGUAGAACGGCAGGUUCUCUUCUAAUACCUGACUUUAAAUUAGGGAGUGGAGAAAAAGGAAACCACUAAGUUUGUUAGCCCUAGGUAGUUGAAAGCAACACCUUGAUGGGUGUUGUAAUCUGUCCCUAGAGGCUAAAAAGUGAUAAAGCCUCCUAAAACAAAAAGAUUCUCCUCAAAAGCCUAGCUUCAGCAUUAGAGAGUAAAGAGAAAAAGCCACUGAGCUAUUCUACCCUAAAUAGCUUAGACAAACACCUUCAUGGGUGUUCUAAACUGUCCCUCAAGGCUAAAGAUAAAGCCUAUCAGUAUAUCAUUUGUAAAAAAUAAAAGUAAGACACUCCAAGCAAAAGUAAAACAAAGAAGUGGUGAAAAAGUGCUAAACACCUAGUGCUCCCAUCUUAAAUAGAGUGACCUAAUCGAAAACCCGACGCGCGUUUCGGUGCAUAUAGUUGCACCUUCGUCAGGGGAUAAAAGUGACUAUGUGGCUACUCCCCACUUUUAAAAGCCCCACUGACCAACCGGCGCUCGUUCUUAAUUACCUUCACAAUCACUCGCCGGUGUGCCGGGGAGGACGGUAGAGGCAUGAGGCUUCCGGGUUCGUCAUCAGUUUAUCUCCACCCCUAUGGGCGUCCCAUACAACUCCUCAACCAAUCAAAACCAGGCCUCUACCGUCCUCCCCGGCACACCGGCGAGUGAUUGUGAAGGUAAUUAAGAACGAGCGCCGGUUGGUCAGUGGGGCUUUUAAAAGUGGUGAGUAGCCACAUAGUCACUUUUAUCCCCUGACGAAGGUGCAACUAUAUGCAACGAAACGCGCGUCGGGUUUUCGAUUAGGUCACUCUAUUUAAGAUGGGAGCACUAGGUGUUUAGCACUUUUUCACCACUUCUUUGUUUUACUUUUGCUUGGAGUGUCUUACUUUUAUUUUUUAUUUUUUUACAAAUAAUAUACUGAUAGGCUUUAUCUUUAGCCUUGAGGGGCAGUUUAGAACACCCAUGAAGGUGUUUGUCUAAGCUAUUUAGGGUAGAAUAGCUCAGUGGCUUUUUCUCUUUACUCUCUAAUGCUGAAGCUAAGCUUUUGAGGAGAAUCUUUUUGUUUUAGGAGGCUUUAUCACUUUUUAGCCUCUAGGGACAGAUUACAACACCCAUCAAGGUGUUGCUUUCAACUACCUAGGGCUAACAAACUUAGUGGUUUCCUUUUUCUCCACUCCCUAAUUUAAAGUCAGGUAUUAGAAGAGAACCUGCCCUUCUACAUGGGAAUCAAUAUAAGAUUAGGUGAAUGAUUGACUACACCUCUCUAUCCUGUCCUCUAUGCAUAUAUAUAUGUUUAAUUCACUGCUUUCAAAUGUAUUACCUUUUAAAUGUUUAGAUCUGUUGAUCCAAGUAUUGAAUUAUUUAUUCUCUGUUAGGGAUUAGACUCCCCUUGCUAUAUACAGGUCAGUAACGUAUAAAUAGAUUUGGCAGUGUAUCUACAUAUAUAGAUGAUCAGUAUAUCCUCUUGAUCCAACCAUUAUUUCAGUUAUAUAGUGCCUUUAUUUUUCAAUAAAUUGAUUACCCUCAUUUCCUUUUUCCUUUUUUUAAUUUUAUAAGGCAUUUUGAGGAAAUAUAUAAUGGUUGGGUCUAUUAUUAUCUUCAAUCUAUGUACAUUCCAAGCAUAGUUUUCAGAUUUACUACCAUCACUUGUUAUUUUACUUACUAUGGACUUUGUAUCAAAAUCAGGUUUAGAGUCACUUUAAUUUAGAGACUCUUAGGAAUUAUAUUAUUUUUGGUUAUAUAUUGGGUUGAAGCCCUGGAGUGGAGCUGGUACCACUAUCUCUGACUGCUGUGUAGUGACUCCCUCCACGCAAUAGGGGGAAGCACCUAUACACAGCCUUUUUUCAUUUUUUCACUAUAAAUAAUACUGUCUUAAAUCAUUCAUUUGCAUUUCUGGCCCGAAAUGGACACAUUUAUAUAGAUUCUAAUUUGAGCCAGUUCAGAAAUGGUCUGGCACUGUUUCUAGGUUUAUUGAAUUUGUCUGGUACUUGCAAAUGGGAAUGUUUAACUUGCCUCUACCAAUUUUGAAUUUGUGAAGCUAGUAAUCUAGAAUGAGUUUAGCUCUUAAUGUAGCUUUCUGUUUACUUUACUGUUCCGACUUCUUCCUCUAUGAAGAUAAUCUACAGUGUGCUUGAUCUUGCAGAUGCAGAAUCCUGACACAUUAUCAGCAAUGUCAAACCCACGAGCAAUGCAGGCUUUGCUGCAGAUUCAGCAGGGGUUGCAGACUUUGGCAACAGAGGCUCCGUCACUUAUACCAGGGUAAACUGAAUAGUUAAGCCAUGUUUUCACUCAAGCUUUUUUUAAUUAUUUUUUUUUUUUUUUUUAGUGUACUUGUCCAUCUUUUAAAUAAGAGGCUGUCCUCUACCUUUCAUCCUGUAAUCUCCACGCACACACUUUAAUUCUGACAGCUACCUACGCUUAUUCUCAGCUUUUUGUGACAUAUGUGCACGCAGACACCUAAGGCAUCUAAUCGCAUAUAUGUUAUAAAAUUAUCUUAACAGAACAGGCAGACUUAAGCACGUAAUUUUUCCUAGCAAGCAGACCUCUUUGUUAUAAGAUUAACUUACUUUCACAUCUACUUUACUGGAUAAGUGAACAACAUGGAUUCCAGUGUCCAUGUUGCAAUAUAAUUUUGGAUAUUAAUGAUUAACGGUUCUUGUUUGAUAUUGUCCAUAUGCCCAACCAGCGUAUGUGACGGAGGCUUUUAUUUUAUUUUAUUUUUUGUUAAAUCAUGACAGGGUGUAAUAUAUUGUGGUGGUGGUCAUCCGUGGUUGUAUUUGCCUAAUUGUAAGACCUGCUAAGGAAAAGAUGAUUUGUUAUGUCAUAAUAUGUAACCAUAUAGUUCAAAAAGGGUGUAAUUUUUUGUUUAAUGUUUUCUUUGUGCUUGUAGUGUUAAUCCUGGGUUUGGAGGUUUGGGGAACACAGUCCCAGUAGCACCAACAGCCGUUCCAAAUCCAGUGCCCCCUGAAAACACAAGUACUCUGUCUGGAUUAUCUGAACCAGGGCACCAGCAGUUUAUCCAGCAAAUGCUACAGGCCCUUUCUGGUGCUAACUCUCAGGUAUGAAAAGAUAAAUGCCUUUUCUGUCCAAUAUUUCAUAUAUACUCACAUAAAAAUGAUAAAUGAUCUGGAAACUUUUAGUGCUGUUUCUUUCCUUAUAUGUGCUGUUUAGAUACAGAAUAGUGUAGUUGCAAAGUAUCACUCUUGCAUUUCAGUUUGUACUUUCAUAUUGAAACUAAAACUAUAUCGGUAAGCAAACCCCUAUAGUAUUAAUGUAUUCUACAGAUAGUGCAUUAAUAAUUCAAAAAUAUGUAACUUUAAAAUUUAGUGAUUCUGCUUGUAUCUACAAACUAAAGACCCACCCCUUCCAACACCAGGGGUUUUUAUUCUUGUCUAUUGGGUGUCAGUUUGUAUCCCAUAAAUUAUUAUUUAACAGGUUAAUAUUAUUAUUAGUUAUACAGUGCCAACUAAAUCUGCAACUCUUUACAUUAGAGCAAGUAGUUUAUCCCCCAGCAGCUUCUCUCUCCAAACUGAUAGCAACCAUAUCACAUUUGUUAUCAGUUUACACACAGCCCAGACCACUGUUUUAGUGGACCAGACUUUGUGCUCUGAUCCAGCAGACCAAUAUUAAUAUAAAGCAUCUGGAACUGAGCAUUUUUACAACUUGCAACUUUCAGAAUGCCAUUAGCAGUAUUAUUUAUGCAAUUUUUCAAAGUUUUGAUGGUGCUUAGAGUGACUUUUUAAAGGCACCAAGACCACUUCAUCUCAAUGAAGUGGUCUGGGAGCAGUGCCCCUGUCAUUUUAACCAAACCGUGUAAGACAUUGCUGUAAAGUACAUACAGCAAUUUUUCUAUUGCAGGACUAAAUACACCUCUUGUGGCUGUCUUCUUAACAGCCAUUUGAGGUGCUUCCCCUGUGGAGUCAUUCAGCCUGUUCUCACACCUCACUUCUUCUAAAUGCUUCUCAUUGAGAGCAUUCAGUUGGAGGGGCACAGCACUCGCCAUGCAUGUACUUCUCCUUCACCAGUGCUGCUCUGCGAGGAGCACUGGAUUGGACAAGAAGAUAAAGAAUUGAUGCAUAACUGGAAUAAGGUAAGGUAAAACCUUUUUUUUUUUUUUUUUACUUGGUGGCAUUAGGAAGAAAUGUUUGUAUUCCUAAUGCUAUAGCUUUUCUUGAAAUUCUCCCAAGAUAAAUAAGAUUAUUCUGUUAAAGAAACAAGUGUCAGAAUUCAAGCCCAGAUGUGCACUUGGGUUACAUGGAACCCUUUGUACAGCGCUGAGGAAUCUGAUGGCGCUAUAUAAAUAAUAAAAUAAUAACUUGGGAUGGAAAUGCAUUUAGGCACCACCAGACCCAUCUUUUAGAUUAGCAUGAACUCUUUACUGCCACUGUCCCUAGAUGUAAAACUGCAUAAGUUAAUUCAAUGCUUUCUUUCGGGGGCUUCUGCGGUAGCGCCUCUUUUUUGCCUGUCAGGAACACAGUCACUAAGACUUGGACUUAACCCUGCAAUGUAAACAUCGCAGUUUCUUACAAUUUGCAAUGUUUUACAUUGCAGGAUUAAAACCAAAGUACCACUGCACCCAGACCACUUCAUGGUCUUUUAAUAAUAUGGGGGCUUAUCCUUCAAAUGUUGAGGUGGUUCUUCAUCGUGAACAUUUUAACAACACUUUCUUAUUGUCAAAACUGAAACAUCUGAGUAGUAAGCUUGCCAGACUCCAACACUAAAAUAUUGACCAUACCUAAUGUAAAUUGUGUUCAGUUUUUUUAAUCUCACAAGUGCAUUCUGUUUUCUCAUUUUUUGUAUGCUACAACAUAUGAUUUUAUGUUAUGUUCUUUUUAUUAUUUAAUUCUGCCCAGAUUCAGAAUCCAGAAGUAAGAUUUCAACAGCAAUUGGAUCAGCUCAGUGCAAUGGGAUUCCUAAACCGGGAAGCUAACUUACAGGCUUUAAUAGCAACUGGAGGAGACAUCAAUGCUGCUAUCGAACGACUACUGGGCUCUCAACCAUCAUAGCAAUCCUUUCCAACCAGAAACAAAAUGUAAUUUAUUUUUGAUAAUGGCUCUUAAGUCUCAAUAAUACACCUGCUUUAUUUCAGUUUGACUCAAGGAAUUCCUUAUCAUUACAAACUAAAGCCCCAUAAAAUUACGUUGGGAUGAAGUGCCGUAGUUUAUCUGAAACAGUGGGAAUCAAAGCUUUUCAUUUGACAGUGUUGCAUGCAUCAGACACCACUUUCUCCCCAUUCCCUGCUGCAUUGCUUGUGAUUUUAAAAUAGACGCUGCAAUUGGGUUAACCGAUCUUAUUUAACCUUUCAGAUGCCUAACAGGAUUUCUUUUUAAAUCAAUAGCCUCUCUGUAGUAAUUUAUGUAGAUACCAAACUACACAGUCACAGGAAAAACAUAAGGUUAUAAUUAGUGAUACAUUAUCGCUUUUUGUGACUUUGGCAUGUAUUUUUGCUAGCGCAAUGCUGUAAUAUUCAUUCUGCUUAUCUUUUUUUUUUUUCCUUUUUGUCAGUUCAGAAGGCCCUUUAUCUCCCUGCCCCGCCAGGUAAAUUUAAAAAGAUAGUAAAUUAAAAUGAUUCACUAAUUUUGCAGCAGUAUAUUGAAAGUAGUCUUGAGAGCACACCCUGCAUACAAACGUUCAUUUAGAAAAAUAUUGUGUAACCGCAAGACUUUGUAAGAGAAAUAUAGUCACACAGACAAAUGUAACAGCGUCUUUUACUAAAAGUCCAUCAGUUCAUGUAGAUUUUACAUAAAUCUAGCGGCGUCGGUUGACGAGAAUGUUCUGUUCUUCAUUGAUGGAUUUUAAUCAGCCCUUUCAGUGUGACUUACGUGUUUAUUUUGGCAUAAUACCAAGUUACACUUUGCACUGUCCCGCAACCUUCCUGCUUCUGAAGUAACUGAAACCUCUUUGUGUUUGACCAGAGGUGACGCUCUGUGUGGCCUAACUUUCACCAUAACUUCAGGGUUUGAAAGUGUCAUGUGAUAUUCUAAUUAUUUUUAACCACAUUGUAAAAACCAAUUUAUCUUGAGUUUUUAUCAAUAGUUCUUUCUCCUGUGCACAGGUAAUAAAUGCCAAUAAUUCUUUCGUUCCUUGUACGUGUUUUUAUUUUCAAUAACUUUUCAAAAUCAUGUGG